UCGAAACCUCUACAUCCACCACGCCAAAAAACCGUUUGCUGAGAAGUGCCAGAGCAAGAACUUACUUCCUUCCUCCCCAACUGACACACGUCCUUCCCACAAACACAGCAGCUCAUCGCACUCACCACUCACGCACCUCACACACCGCACACAGCAUCGUCUGAGUUCCUGCUGAAGAUCUGCCAUUCACGCACGACUGCGUAUUCUCUGCCUUUCACCUCGUCCACGUCGCCACAACAACAACAGCCGCCAUGAGCCAACAAGACAUCAACAGCUCUCUGCGCAAGUUCAAGCUUGUGUUUCUCGGCGAACAGAGCGUUGGCAAGACAUCCCUGAUUACCCGCUUCAUGUACGAUAGCUUUGACAACACGUACCAGGCAACCAUCGGCAUUGACUUCCUGUCCAAGACCAUGUACCUCGAGGACCGCACGGUGCGACUGCAGUUGUGGGAUACGGCUGGCCAGGAGCGCUUCCGCAGCCUCAUCCCCAGCUACAUCAGGGACUCGUCCGUGGCCGUCGUCGUCUACGAUAUCACCAACCGGUCGUCGUUCCAGCAGACGUCGCGGUGGAUUGACGACGUGCGGGCGGAGCGCGGCCAGGACGUCAUCAUCAUGCUCGUCGGAAACAAGACAGACCUCGCCGACAAGCGGCAAGUGUCCAUUGAUGAGGGUGAGCGGCGUGCCAAGGAGCUGAACGUGAUGUUCAUCGAGACCAGCGCAAAGGCCGGACACAACGUGAAGGAGCUCUUCCGCCGUGUUGCCGGUGCCCUUCCUGGUAUGGAGGCGAGCGCAGAGAAGAACCUCGACCAAGAACUGACGGAUGUUAAGCUGACAGAGACGCCGGAACAGCCACCGCAAGAGGGCUGCUCCUGCUAAACCACACGACUCUGCAACCUUUCCCCACUACAAUCCACGCAAACUCCCCUGCACACACACACACACACACACACACACACACACACACACACACACACACACACACACACACACACACACACACGACCCUAGCCCAACAUGCCGCCACCAGCAAUAGCACGACUUGUGUGCUGAGUGUCGCAUGCACCUUUUUUGUUGUCGCUGCUUCCCCUUUCUUCUUCGUUGUUGCUGGGCGUUGCUUUUAUUGAGAGAGAGAGCACACCGAGGUGCCAUAGACCGAGAGAUAAGAGGGAAGGGCACCAUGUGUUGUUUGGCUGUCCGUUUGUGUCUCUGCCUGCCUGGCUGGUGUGUGAUGGUUUAGAAAGUCAGUUGACAGUUUGUUGUGCGCUUGCGUGGGAGUGCAAGCAGUUGCUGUGUUUGUGUUGCCGAGAAAUGAAAACAGUGU